ACGUAUUUUACGCAUUGACAUUGAAUAGUUAUAUACAUGUAAAGCUCAUCAUUGAUUUGGACAUUGAAUAGUUAUAUACAUGUAAAGCUCAUCAUUGAUUUGGAAUUCCGCAUUGGUUUGUAAACCAUGCGGAGUUGUUUACAUUUGCAUAUAGGGUCAUUUACUGGGUUACUCACUGUAGUAGCAUUAGGUAGCGGCUAGCUUUAUGGUUUCAUGUGGAUAUGCCUUAACGCUUAGCUGCCAAAAUGGGAGGUUCCUUUGGCCAGCAAUUCAAGGCCUUCCUCAGGCGAAACCUGCUGUUGAAGAGGCGGAGGAUUCCUUCAACAUGCGUGGAAUUCAUAGGACCAAUGGUCAUUGCUGCCUUCGUCGCCGUAGCAAGCUCGGCGAUCUCCAGAAUUUCGUACCCCGCCGUCCCGGAGUACAGCGCCAACACCCUGUUCCAAUCCCGCUUCUAUCCUAGCCCUACAAAGACCCUGAUGGUGGCGCCUAACAACGCCGCGGUGAAAUCAAUCAUGGAUUACGUAGUUUCGGAAUUGCCUGUCACCGCAGCGAAAAAGUAUGAAAUGUUUGCGAAUGACACCGCUAUGGACGAUGCGCUUCGUGCGUCCCCUUCCUCUUACUCGAUCGGGGUGAUGUUUGCUGAUGACCCAAUGGUAAACGGUACAUACCAGAUACGAGUUCCUUUCGACCAGCAGGCUGAUGUCAAGACCACAUUAGAUUACGCAGGUCGGGCAAACUGUCGAAGUAGCGAUGGAUUAGGAGGGACCUGUCCGCCUAAUAAAGGAUAUCUUUACAGUGGCUUCGCUACAUUACAAGUUGCUGUUGAUAAUGCUAUGAUAAAGGUGAAAACCUCCAACACUGGUUUCCAGCUGCCAUCCAUUUUGGUACAGCUCAUGCCGAAGGAAGCUUAUUCUGUGCCACCGCAUUCAGUUCAGUUCGCCGUUUGCGCUGUGGGUGCUGUCCUGUUUGUGUCCUUCUACGGACCCCUCGUUAAUCUACUGGUCACUGAAAAAGAGAAGAACAUCAGAGACUCUCUCAAUAUGACUGGAAUGAACCGCACCGCUUUCUGGCUCGCCUGGACAAUGAUCUACUGGCUUAUGGGUAUCGUGGUCGCCGCAGGAGUGACGGGCAUUUUCCGGGCAGGAUCUGUCUUCAUCACAUCCAACUUCGGGCUGGUAUUUUUCAUAAAUUUGCUGUACCUUUAUGCUGGAUUUAUGUUCGCAUUGAUGAUGUCGACGUUUUUCCAAACGACGAAGGUGUCGAGUAUAGCAUUCUUCAUAAUCUUCCUCUUGCUAGGGGGGCUGUAUUUCGUCUGUAAGAUCCCAGCGCUGGGAGGAGUGAGUGAGGAGAUGAACCCUGCCGUGUUUUGGUUGUUGUCUCUCUUCCCUCAGGUGGCCUAUUCUUUGGCACUUGAUCAGCUGAUAUACGUGGAAUGGGCGCACCCAACGGAAGGUGCCACGUUUUCAAACGCUGGCUUCACUGCGUUUAAGCAGAACUUCUCCAUUCAGGCUGCAAUGGUCAUGCUCUUCGUCGACAUCAUCCUGUACGCUCUUCUUCUGGGCUAUUUUGACAAUGUCGUGCCAGGUGUUAUGGGGAAGAGAAAGUCACUCAUAUUCUGCUUUAAGAAGUCGUAUUGGGAGCCACCAGAAAGUGAGCAUAAGGACUUCAGCCAUCUUCUGGAAGGCUCAAGAAAAAUUGAAGAUAUUGAGAGCGUCCCGAAUGAUCUCGUUGGCAAGGAAAGCAUAAGACUCUUCAACGUCCGGAAAAUAUACGAUACUGGAAAAAGGAAGAAGAAUGAGGAAAAGAGCAAAGGGAGGUGCAUUCCUUUGUAUGAGAUGGAAACGAUCAAUGCUGUAGAUUCCGUUUCCUUGGAUAUAUAUGAAGGCAUGAUUACAGCCCUCUUAGGACACAACGGGGCGGGGAAGAGCACUUUGUUUGGCAUCAUGUCCGGGCUCAUUAACCCCUCGUUUGGUACGGCGACAAUCUAUGGAAAGGAUGUCUGUUCCGAUGGUGACCUUUACCAGAUCCAACACAUGUUGGGGGUUUGUCCUCAACACGAUAUCCUCUAUGAUGACCUCUCGGUCGAGGAGCACCUAGAAUUAUUUGCCCAUAUCCGUGGGGUACAGAACGUAGAUGCUGAGGUUGAACGAGUCGUCAGCCUUGUUGACCUUUCAAGUCAACUUCACACUCACUCAUCGGAGCUCAGUGGUGGCCAAAAGAGAAAGUUGUCAGUUGGCCUCGCAAUGAUUGGUGAUCCAAAGGUGAUAUUCCUAGAUGAACCCACAGCUGGCAUGGAUCCUUAUUCAAGGCGCAAAAUGUGGACCUUAUUGAAGACGAUCAAACGUGACAAGACGAUUCUGCUGACGACCCACUUCAUGGAUGAGGCAGAUAUUUUAGCUGAUAGGAAAGCAAUUGUUAACAAAGGAAAAUUGCAGUGCUAUGGGUCGUCCAUGUUCCUGAAGAACAGAUUCGGGAUUGGCUAUAGAUUAAAUAUGGUAACGGAGGAAAAUUUCAACGCAGAGGAGAUGACUUCAUUUGUCACGCAUCACAUCCCCGACGCGAGCAUGAUUAGGCAGCAUGCCAUGGAACUCUCCUACACACUCCCCAUGAAAGACACAGACAAAUUCGCCUCUCUUUUCCAAGCACUGGAGCAAGAGCAGGCAAAUGACAAUGGCCUGGGUAUAAACAAUUAUGGUGUGUCUAUGCCGACUCUCGAGGAGGUCUUUUUAAGAUUAGCGGAAACGAAUGAGUUUCGGGAACUAAACAAAGAAUUGCCAGCAAAUGACAUCCAAAUUGACAAAAUUCUCAGCACAGAUGACAUGAGGGCAGCUACUGCUGAGACCAGUGCGGACAGGCAUCCACUGAACAUUGAAGAGGAGGACACGAGAAUUGGCCAAGUGAAAGUCAGAAUGAGGGAACCGCCACAGAACAUUGUGAAAUCUGGCGAUUUCAAGAAGAAUCAGUUCCAGGCGAUUAUCUGGAUGCGUGCUCAGAUGUUGAAGAGGGCAUGGUUCGCGUUGGUGUUUCGCUGGAUCAUUCCUAUAGCCGUGGGCCUUAUCGGAGUCAUGAUACUCGGAUUUCAACCAAAUGAACAAAAGUAUGAGAUCCCUGUUGCAAAUGAUUUUGUGAAGUCGUGGAUUGCUUACUUCUCGUCGGAGACGCCGUUGUUGUACUUAAACUCUGCUGCUACCUCGCUCACUAAACUGGUGAGCAACUUCAAUUCAUCAGGAUACGUAUGGUCGAGUGCGAUGACGUCCAGCCAAACAUUGACUGCCAUUAGACCUCACCAUGGAGCAUUCAACAUUACCGGUAUUGAUCUCACAACAUUUGGUACAAGUCCAGCUUUCACCCUUUAUUACAAUGACACGGCUCUUCACAGCCUGCCUCUACAGUUGAAUAUCUGGGCAAACGCCUGGUAUCGAGCAUACUCAGGCGAUACAUCUUGGAAGAUAGGUGUGACUUCACGAUCUUUGCCUAAAAUCAACCCUACCAUCGAAUUUUCGGGCCGAGUUUUUAAUGGCAUUCGCUUGAUUGGUUUGGCAUUCUGUAUGCUUAGUGGACAAUUUGGUUUUGAAGUUGCUGAAGACAGAGCAUCAAAGUGUCGGUCACAGCUUAAGGUAGCAGGAGUGACAGUUCGCAUGUACUGGGCCACCACGCUCUUCUUUCACGGCAUCCAGUGCGUAGUAGGACUCCUCAUCUGUAUCGUCCUGCUCUUUGCCGUCAACAUAGCGGAGUUUCAGGGCGCCAGCCCAGUAGUUUUGAUCAUAAUCCUGGUCAUCCUGUACGUGCCGGUCAACUUGCUAUUCUGUUAUGUCCAGACCUUUGCCUUUAAAAGCCCAGAGACAGUGGGAAGCGUCCAGGGGUGGGGUGUAUCAUUGUACGGAAUCUUGCCUUAUUUGGUUGUCUCGUUCAUUGAUGCUCAAAGUUAUGUGGCGAUGGUAGCACUGCAUUACCUCUUCUGCCUCUUGAUUCCACCAUAUCUGAUAAUAGGAGGACUACAUUUCAUUGUCCGGGUCUACACCUCAGCCCUUAUCAAGGAUGAAGUGGACCAGAUCCAACAGCUCGAUUACUGGCGUUUCGAGAACCAUGUGAUUGGAACGGUUAUAAUCUCCAUUUUCCAUCUGGUAUUUUUAAGUUUGCUCCUGGUCAUUCUUGAUGUUAGAAGUACUGGCGGUAAUGUGAAAGAUGUCUUCGUUCUCAAAAAAAGAAAAAGGAGUGUUUUGGUGUCUCCACAUGAAUUCAACCAAGCAUUCGAUUCGUCACCCGAAUUAAUCCUGGCAGAAGAAGUUGAAGACAGUGAUGUGACUGAUGAGCGCAGCCUGGUGGCGAGUAUGUGCAGUGGAAAGGUGUCACAAGAGAACACAGCCAUUCUUGUCAACGGGCUCAGGAAGGAAUUUAGAAAGCGGUCUGGUGAUCUGUGCAACUGCUGCCAACCAUCUGUGGACAAGAUCAAGGUAGCGGUGGAUAACUUGACCUUCCACGUGCAGACGGGUGAGGUGUUUGGACUCCUUGGCCACAACGGCGCUGGCAAGACCACUGCGCUCAAUGCCAUAAUAGCGGAGGUUGUUCCCGACAAGGGACAGGUCAUUGUGGGUGGAUACGAUGUGAGUUCGAAUCUCUCCGAGGUUUUCCAUGAACUUGGCUGCUGUCCCCAGCACGACCAGCUCUGGCACUACCUCUCACUGGAGGAGCAUCUAAAAGGCUAUGCUUUGAUAAACGGAGUACCGAAGUCGGACAUUGAUCAAGUCAUUGACUUUUAUUUGGAAAAUCUACAAAUUGAAGAGCACAGGAAAAAAACAACAAAGGGAUUAUCAGGGGGAACAAAGAGAAAGUUGAGUUAUGCCAUUAGCAUGAUUGGGAUGCCUAAAGCGGUUUUACUCGAUGAGCCAUCUACAGGAAUGGAUCCAGCUUCCAAGAGAUUCCUUUGGGACACAGUGAUUAAGGGCUUCAGUGGGACAAACCGAGGAGCAAUAUUGACCACUCACUCAAUGGAGGAAGCAGACGCGCUCUGUACCCGUGUUGGCAUCAUGGUCGCUGGCACCCUCAAGUGCCUCGGACCAACACAACACCUGAAGACCAAGUUCGGUGGUGGCUACACCUUGGAGGUAAAGCUUCGACAGACGAAAGAAGAUGACGCGGACGACCUGUUGGAAGCCCUCAACGACUACAUCAAGGAAAUCUUCCCACAAGUUACGAUUCUUGAGCAGUUUGGCGACCGUGUCCAGUAUAAAGUGCCGUCGGAAGAUGUUAAGGCUCUAUCAGUUGUGUUCUCAGCUGUAGAAUCAGCAAAAGAUCGUCUAAACAUAGAGGAGUACAGUUUUAGUCAGUCUACGCUGGAACAGGUGUUCAUCCAGUUUGCCAAACAGGAGUACGAGGCCGUCGAGUCCGUACGGAAAGGGAGCAUUAAUGUCUAAUAAAGACCUCGCACUGCUAUGACAGACGGAGUGUGCGAGAAAUGCUGAUCAAUGUUUGGGAACACUAAUAGGGAACGGUAGAAAACAUCGAAUGUUACUGAUUCAGGAAAGCAGAUUGCAAUACUGAAAACUUAGUGUGUAGAUGGACGUAGCGUCAUACUCAGAAACUUUUUUACGGAACUCGGUGAUAGGAUUUAGUUUGCUGUUACAUGUAGAACCACUUUUGGUUAGAUUGAUCGCAGGAAUUCUUGUCAGAAUCUAAUACGUGUUUAAGAAUUAGACGGAUGAUUUUUAUUCCUCAGUGAUCUGAUAGAGGAUUCGCGUAUUGGAUCCUUGGCGCCAUACUCAUGGUAAUCACAACCGAUUAAUCGGCACUUUAUCGUUGUGAUGCAUUGAUUUCGUCCAAAAAAUGUGCAUUUGACAGGCAAUAUCUUGUGAAUAUUUGACCAUUAACAUAUCUAUUUGUUGUAAUAUUAACUUUAUGAAUAAAUCUUUAGUUUCACAGA